GAAUUCGAAUCAAAUGGUUUUUUAGACCCCCAGGAUCGGUAUGUCAUUCGAUGAGCUCGUGAUCAAUUCUCUUCGAAAACAGAACAUGCAAAAGAACGUAGAGACCGUGGUAUUGUUGCAGUAUGAACCAAAGAACUUGUUUUAUUUGAGGAAAGAAGAGGACUACAGGUUUAUUAAGCAUCGUUUAGAAUUUAUGAAAGACGGAUACUUGGAACUGCUGGAACUGCAGAAUUUUAGCCCAAUAAAUAUGGCAAGCACAGCAGACACCUUUGUUCUCGGUUUUGUUAUCACAGUUGGUGAAAAAAUAUUUGUGUUUAACAACAUUGACGAGUCGAACGAUACAUUGGUUGAACUGAAUCUAUCCGAGCUGGACCGAUAUUCACUUUUUCCUGGGCAAGUAGUGGCGAUUAAGGGACAUAAUCCGAAUGGAAACGAGAUAAUUGUGCGUAAAAUAUACGAUUCACCUGUUCUCCCCGUCAAUUUUUUCGAUGAAAGGGAUCGCAAGGUGGACACUAAGAAUAACAGUUUUUCGGUGUGUUUUAUAAGUGGUCCGUUCAAUGACGAUGUAAAAACAGAGCACUUUAAUUCUCCUGAUGUAUACAAUCAUUUUUUUAGAUCUUUAGACCAAAUAACAACUAUGGAUGCCGAUUAUUUGGUUGUUUUGGGCCCUUUUAUCGAAAACAAGUUUUUAAACAGCAGUCUGGACUUAGAACGGGUCAGAGACAUUUUUGUAGCCAAACUGAAUGCAUGGAUCAACAAGAAACCGUUCAGGAAAGUAAUAACGGUCCCGUCUACCGAUGAUGUACAUACACUAGGCAUGUACCCCAGCGCACCUCUUGGUUGCAAGAGUGCCUCAAUUCUGAGUCUAUCCAAUCCAACGCAAUUUUACAUCGAUAAUGUACUCUUUAGUGUGUGUACCUACGACAUGCUUCUGCACAUGAGCUCAACAGAAGUUUUCUUUGAUGUCGAUGAGAACGCAUCCCUGCCAGAAUCUGAGAUAAACCACAGGUCUGAUCGGGUGGAUAGCAAUGUUUUGAACACGUUGGACAGCUGCGCACCUAAAGCACAAAAAAGGACCAAAAGGAUCGAGCGACUAUCAGCACAUAUCAUCUAUCAAAGGUGUUUCUUGCCGUGUUUUCCGCCGAGAAAGGUUGUCUCUAUAAACAGGUCCGAGUGUUUUGAUAUGAGUGUUGCACCAGAUUUUUUUGUAAUUUGCUCAAAAUUAAAAACAUUUAUACAAAGGGAUGAAGGGCCGUUCAUCAUUGCGAACGUGGGAUAUCAGCCGAAAAUAGCCAAUAAACAGGUGCUGAGAAUAGUUGUGGACAAUAACAACAGCAAUUUUGAGGAGCGUUUUACUACCGAGUUCGAAAAGUACGAUAAAUAGCUCAUACAUAGUUUUAUAUUAUCGUCUACCGGGACGUACAACGUAACUCUUGCAGUAGAAUGCUGUAGAGUAUGUGAAGAAUAUUCAUUUUGAGGUUAUCACAUUAAAAAAACGUAUAAUAACUGUUAAAAGAGGCUAUUUCAUUUAAUAUCGGUACGAGGGG